UAUAAGACAUGCUCCAGAGGCUGGGCGGCUGGCGCUCUUCCUGUAGUUAGUAUAGCCCUCGCCUGUUUGUCAUCACACAUCAUCCGGCCGGCGGCUUAGAGGAGCAAGCGAGCAGCCGACAAGAGUUUGGCGGCUCCAGACGCGCGGCGCGCACUUGCACCAGCUGGCGAAAGGAGGAUCCUAACCUCCAAAAGAUGAAUGACACGGACAUUUUCUGCCAAAAAAACUCAACCAACCCGUCAUGUGGUUGGAACGCAACCACUUUGUCCACAAGCUUAAUCGACAUCACCACUUUCAUGCACAUUUUACCGUCCAUUUAUGGCAUCCUGUGCUGUGUGGGAGUUCUGGCCAAUGGACUGGUCAUUUAUGCGGUGGCCGGGUGCAAGAAGAAAAUGGUGUCGGACGUCUACGUGCUCAACUUGGCCAUAGCAGACAUGCUUUUCUUGUUGGUGAUGCCCUUCAACAUCCACCAGCUGGUCAGAGACAGGCAGUGGGUCUUCGGGAACUUUAUGUGCAAGGCGGUGGUGGUGGUGGAUGUGAGUAACCAGUUCACCACCGUGGGAAUUGUUACCGUGCUCUGCAUUGAUCGGUACAUUGCCAUCGUGCACCCCACCUCAGAGCGGAGGACCAUUCAGUGGACCAUCAUCAUCAACGUGCUGGUGUGGAUUGGCAGCUUCCUCCUCACUGUGCCGGUCAUGAUGUAUGCGAAAGUUGUACGGAGACAACAUUUGGAGAUCUGCAUGAUGUACCUAGACGGACCUGAGGACAUGUACUGGUAUACCCUCUACCAGUCCAUCCUGGGCUUCAUCAUCCCGCUCAUCAUCAUCAGCACCUUCUACUCGCUCACGCUCUACUACGUGUUCAGCUCCAUCCGUCGGGUGAAACGCAAGCAGACUGUGUGGGCCAAAAGGGCCACCAAGAUGGUGCUGAUGGUGAUCGCUCUGUUCCUGAUCUGCUGGUCGCCGUACCACGUCAUCCAGGUGAUCAACCUGAGCAACAACUCCCCGACCGUCACCUUUAUCUAUGCCUACAACAUCAGUAUCUGCCUCAGCUACUCCCAUAGCUGCAUUAACCCACUUAUGUUGCUCAUCUUUGCCCAAAAUUACCGUGAACGUCUUUGUCGCAGAAACAUGCUGAACAGUUCCCAACACUCAUCCAAGGUGACUGUGGUCAAAAUGGAGGGUUCCAGUGUGGCUACUAACCCCACUUAUCGUUGUACUGCCAUUUAGUAACAAACAUUUCUGCAUAGAGAUAUAGACAUGUUGCUGUUUGUUCAAAUGGACAAGAUAAUGUUGCCUGUGAAAUGUGCAUAAGUAGAAACCAUACUAAGAGAGUCAUGUUCAGUGAGAGAGGAAAAACAUGUGUCUUUAUCGAGGGAAUGUUAGCACUGGUUUCCAAGCAUGCAAACUAUGUAAGAAGCGAUGCAGAGGUACUGCUCAAAUGUGACUUUAAGGAUGUCAUAAUCGAACAAAUUCAGCUCCGUUCUGUCUGACUAAAAACGUGGGAUAUUUGCCAAGACAACAUGUCCUUGCUCAAAUGCUGAAACAAUUUAGUUGUCAUAUACAACCCCAAUUCCAAUGAGUUGGGACAUUGUGUGAAACAUAAAUAAAAACAGAAUACAAUGA